AACGCUCGGCUUACUUCACCCCACUUGAAAUAGAUAUUCUGCUGGCUGUAUAUGGAGAGUACGGACACGUUUUUAGCAAGAAAGGCAACACGGCUGCAGCAGCAAAGGAGAGAGAAGUGGCGUGGGAGAGAAUCGCAGCGCGUGUAAAUGCGUGAGUUGAAACGGUGCAAUCCCACGGGAACAAAAAGGACUUGGCAGCAGCUGAAAAUGAAAUAUAAAAACAUAGUUCAAACAGCUAACAGAAAGAAGACAGAGGCUCGCAAAGUGGUUGAAGGGGCACCUCCACCCAUGCUGACGGAGGCAGAAGAGUUUUCCAAGAGUAAGGAUGCUGGAUGCCCGGUGGCUGAGCCCGCAAGUGUCUGCAUAAAAUUUGCUGAUGGCCUUGAUGAGACAGAAGCAUUUCCAUCCCUUCCAUCAGAAGCAGACGAAGAUGACGAUAAGGAUACAUCAUCUGCUGAGAAAGAACCAGAUAGACCUAGUGAGGUACACACCAUGACAGUAGAGAGCAAGGCCGAACAUCAUCAAGAGGAAGCUCCACCAACUACCCCAGCACAUAUCAACACAGUGAGACGUUCGAUGCCAUUCUGCAUUUUCAUAGCUUUAUUUAAACUGCACCACAUUUCAAGCCAUUCUUACAUUUUACAGUUACCAGUUAAAGAAAUGUACAAAAUGCACCUCAUCCAAACAAUGACAAAAACUGACAGAGAAAUCACAUACUUGGAUCGUCAGAUUAGAAAGACAGAUCUGGAAAUUGAAUUACUGGAGCACCAGUUAGAGGUGGGUAACAUGUUACAGGUGGUUACUCUCAGAUAAAUCCACGAAUGGUAACGGUUGGUUUUGUGU